AUGAAGUUCUUCUCUGCUGCCCUCUUCAUCGCCGGCGCUGCCGCUGCUGCCGUCAAGAGAGACGGUACCUGGAACGACUGGUCCAGCACCUGCGUCGCCAGCACCGAAUAUGUGACCACCACUGAGUACUCGACUGCCUGGUCCACUGCCUACUCGACCGUCUAUUCCACCGCCUGGUCCACUGCCUAUUCUACCGUCUACUCGACCGCCUGGUCCACUGCCUACUCCACCAUCUACAAGCCAACCACCACCUACAGCACUGUCUACUCCACUGCUACCGUGACUACGACUGAGACCAAGCCCGUCUACACCACCAUCACCGUCCCCACCACUACCACUGCUUACAGCACCGUCUACUCGACUGAGGUCGAGACUGUCACUUACACUCCUGCUCCGGAAUCUGUCUACAUCACUGAGACCGUCACUGCUCCUUGCUCCCAGACCUGGGGUGACUGGAACCGCAAGUAG